AUGUAUUUCUAUCCUAAGAUCAGUUAUGGCUCUUUUCCAGUAAUAAAUGACAAAACCAAAGAUUUCUUCCAUCAGAUGUUUCCAAAUGUGACCCAUCACUAUAUGGGCAUUCUUGAAUUACUCCUGCAUUUCAAGUGGAGCUGGAUUGGUGUGAUUGCUUCAAAUGGUGACAACGCAGAUUUACUUGUGCAGGAUAUACUUCCCAUCUAUUCCCAAAAGGGUAUCUGUGUAGACUUCUUAGAAAAAUUACCCCAAAUAUAUUUUUCAAGUCAUAUUGCUGAAAAAUCAAUCAAAUGGUUUGAGACUUCACGUAUGGUCACAGGAAGUACUGCCAAUACUGUUAUUAUACAAGAGGAGAGAGAUAAGGAGAUCUGCACUGGGGAGGAAAAGCUGGAGAUUCUGCCUGGGACCGUGUUUGACACAAGUAUGUCUGGUCACAUUUAUAGCAUCUAUAAUGCAGUUUAUAUUAUGGCAUAUGCUUUGCAUGCAGAAACUUCAUCCAAGUCAAAACGAAGAGCAAAGAUGAAAGAAAUAAGACAAAAAGGACCACAUGAACAGCCAUGGCAAUUUAGCUCCAUAAAUUUUUGAGAAAUACUUUCUUUAAAAA